UCAGAGUAAAGCAAUCAGUGAAUAAAACAUUCGAAUUGGUUGACUCUUACCUACGGUAAGAGUCUUAGGAUAACCUUUUCCCCCCGGAGCCAUUACAGAACAAAACAGAACAUCUAUUGUAGAUAUGGCGUAUGGGGAUAACCUUUUCCCCCGAAGCCAUUACAGAACAGAACAGAACAUCUAUUGUAGAUCGGGUCUAAAAUUUACGUAUACGCAACUAGUUAGAGAAUCGAGCCCCAGACCUAUAGAGAAACGGUGUCUAUUUUUAAUCAGGAGAAUCGAAGGACGUCAAAGUGAGAUCUGUUGCUGAGGAAAAUUAUAUAUGUCCAUUGACCGUAUCGAAGAUUGCACGAAAAAUAACGCGUAUAUUUGAGAUAGAAGAGAUGGCUACUCUGUUAGUAUCGUCGCCGAGCGCAUCAAAGAGAACCAUGCAGAUCAGGAAUAUGCGGCAAGGCAGUGUGAUAGAUUUGGACGCCGAUAUGUUUCUCAAGAUAUCCAAUUACGAGGACACUGUUAAACAAUUGGAUAUAUACUACGGAAUAGUUAAGAGACAAUUGUUGCGCUAUCAGAGUUGCAUAACUGGGCUGUUUCCACAGAUAACGACCGACAGGAAAGUUGCUAGCGUGCGCGAAAGUAUAUAUUGUGCCGCCGCGAUAUGGAGCCUGUAUCAAGCUUACAGGCGCAUUGACGACGAUCGUGGGAAGUCGUAUGAACUUGGACAGUCUGCAAUCAAGUGUAUGCGUGGUAUUCUGGAGUGCUGGGUGAAGCAAUCUUCCAGAGUGGAACUCUUCAAGAAAAAUCAGUGCGAUCGUUUUGCAUUACAUUGCAAGUUUCACUUGGACACAGGCGAAGAAAUUUAUAAUGAUGCUGACUAUCAUCACUUGCAAAUCGACAUUGUGUCUCUUUACUUGAUAUUCCUGGUGCAAAUGAUCUCUUCAGGGCUGCAAAUCGUCUACACGCAAGAUGAAGUAGCUUUUGUGCAAAACUUAGUGUACUAUGUCGAGAGAGCAUAUCGCACACCAGAUUAUGGCAUGUGGGAACGUGGAAGCCGAUAUAACGAUGGCACGCCAGAGAUCCACGCCAGCUCAAUCGGGAUUGCUAAGAGCGCUUUGGAGGCGAUUAACGGUUGCAAUUUGUUCGGAGAGAAAGGUGCUUCCUGGUCGGUUAUAUACGUUGAUAUCGAUGCUCACAAUCGUAACCGCAGUAUCUUUGAGACGAUGCUUCCGAGAGAAUCUAGUUCUAAGAGCGUAGAUGCGGCUUUACUGCCAACGAUAUCCUUCCCCGCCUUUGCAACUCACGAAGAGGUGUUGUACAACGAGACCAAGGCGAACAUAAUUCGCAGGCUUAAAGGCAAUUAUGGCUUUAAACGAUUCGGAAGAGACGGUUACAAAACAGUGUUGGAAGAUAAGCACCGACGGUACUAUAAGUCUGGAGAAAUCAAGGAUUUCGAUAGUGUUGAGAAUGAAUGGCCAUUGUUUUACAUCUUCAUGAUAAUAGACGGCGUUUUCAAAAGUCUGCCGGAACAAGUAGACGAAUAUCAAAAUUUAUUAAAGGCGAGAAUACACAAAGAUCAGAAUGGAGACCCAGUGAUUCCUAUGUAUUAUUACGUACCAGAGGAAAAUCUGGACACUGAAAGGAACGAACCGUGCAGCGCUUAUCGAUUGCCUAGCGACGAAGGCAGAGGCUAUAGAGGAAUUGCGGAUCACGAAGCUGCGUCAAUGUACCUGUGGAAUCAAGCCAUGUUUGUAAUCGCGCAACUACUUACCGCUGGUCUUUUGCAUAUCAACGAAUUGGAUCCGAUCCGUCGAUAUCUGCCGUCGUAUAACCGUCCAAGACGAGCAGGAAGAUACUCUGCUUUUCAAGCAAAACCGAGCAUUGGUACUCACACCGACCUAGUGGUACAAAUAGUUUUGAUCGCAGAAUCUAUGCGAUUGCAAGCUAUGAUGGCCACGUACGGCAUUCAAACGCAGACGCCGCACGAAGUCGAGCCUGUUCAAAUUCUGUCGUCCACUCAAUUGGUGAAGGUUUACCAAAAGCUAGGUGUAAAUAACAAAUUGAAUCUUCAAGGACGACCUGCGCGACCUAUAGGCUCUCUAGGUACAAGCAAGGUAUACAGAGUUUGCGGCAUGACGGUGCUCUGUUACCCUCUCAUCUUCGAAGUCUCCGAGUUUUAUUUAUACAGAGACAUGGCUUUGCUGAUUGAUGACAUAAAAACGGAGCUACAAUUCGUAGGCAAGUAUUGGCGUCUUUCCGGUCGACCUACCGUGUGCCUUUUGAUACGGGAGGAACACAUGCGUGAUCCGCAAUUCAAAAAGAUGUUGGACCUCUUCGCAAUGCUGAAGAAAGGCUACUGCGAUAAGACAAAAGUGCGCAUCGGUAGACUGCAAAAUCUAAUUUCAUCCUCUUGCAUCGAACAUUUGGAUUUCGUGAAUACCAUGGAAACGGAUUUAGAUCUAGCACAGUUUAAACAAUUGCAGCACGAUUAUAUAGGCUACCAAAGCCUCACGGAUGUUCCAAAAGCCUUCGCCUAUACUGAGGAUGUCAAGAAUUAUUCUUACAUGGCGAACGAACCUCUGAACGAUGUAUUGAGCGAGAUCCGCAACAGCGUCGGCUUGUACGCAAAGUGCCAAUUAUACGGCAUUUUGGUAAAGCGAGAAGGCAUUAAUUACGAGAUCAACGGGACGACAGUUCGCGACUAUUUGAGAACGUUAUACCAACAAGCUGGUUCCUUGAGAUUCUGGAUGGCUGUGCGUUAUUGCAGCAGUUUAUUAAAUCACACGGUCGAUAGCAUCAGUCCGUUCAUCACGGGUGUGCUAGUUAAAGGAAAGCAGAUCGCGGUAGGAGUUGUUGGACAAGAAGAAACGGUGUUCGAUAAGCCAAUGACGCCGGCGGAAAUACAAUCGGUCGUGUAUUCGACGAUACAGCCGCACAACACGGUACAAGCAGUGCUCCAGCAAGAAAUUCUACUAUAUUGCGGACGAUUGAUCGGCACCAAUCCCGAAAUGUUCAAAGGGAUACUGAAAAUACGUAUUGGUUGGGUGUUGGAGGCGAUGAAGCUCUAUCUGCAAAUGUUCAUGAAGAAUGCCAAGCCGAUCGAGAACUACAGUCCUUACGAGGUGCGGCAAUUCCUCAUCAAAGUAUUGACCGUCAAGGAAUGGGCCCACGCAGAGAAUCUGACGGUGCUCGGUCGUCGACAAAUCGAAGGUUGCUUGUGUAGAGUACCGGCACACUUCUACAAUCAAGUAUGGGAAGUUCUGAUGCGUUGUCCCGGCGGUAUCAUUGUGAACGGACGGGAGCUGCCUCAGCAGCCGACUGUGUCCAACAUGACUCGUUCCGAGCUUACGUUCGCCCUACUCGUGGAGUCCUUGCUACAUCACAUACAAUUGCCGGAAUAUCGUCAAAUCGUCAUCGAACUUCUGAGUAUUGUGUCAACUAUCCUGCUUCGAAACCCAGAAUUAAGUUUCCAGAAACAACUGGACCUCAGUCAGCUCGUGGAAGAUAGCUUUAUCAUGUACCGCAAGGAUCAUAAUCUAUUGAAUCUUGAAGACAAAUCGUCGUUCUUCUCAGCGCAUUAUUCUGUGACCACUGGAUAUCUCGCGAGGGCCGUAGUCAACAACGUUCUUACUGGUGGUUGCGUAACAACUAUCCUAGAUACCAAUGAUGCCAUAGACUCUCGAGAAAUGUGCAAGAUUACGUAAUAGUACAAAUAUUUAACUAAACCUAAGAGAUUAUUAUGCAACGCGUUAACAAUCAUCGUAUAGAAAUGCGCGAUAUGCUACACGUACAUGUAUGUGUAUGUAUUGUCACGUUUACACAAAAUGCGACGGUAUAAUGUGUUUACAUAAGUUCCUCUGAAUAAUAACGAGUAUAUUUUUUGACACA